AUGCUGGAGGAGAUGCAUUACUCGACCGAGGAAGUUGACUCUUGCCAUACCCGGCGACUACGAAAGUUACACGUCAAGGAGAUGGACCCUAGCAUGCUAAUUGGCUUCAUUAUCCAGGACGAGGAGGACUGGGUAGAGUGGAGAAAAUCAAUCAAACAUGUCCAAGGGAAGGCAGUCAUUCACGUUUCGGAUGUGCAUCCGUUAUCGGGCCGCGACCCCGAUCAAAGACGAUCAGUAGACAGUGUUCUCUCAUUAAGUGAGAAUGAGUUUGAGGUCCCUGGGAAUACCGCCGAUGGUAUCGAGGUGCUGAAUCAACUAUGA